GUACACGGCGUACGCAGCGUACCGGACCCCGCAGCUGCCGCAGUUCCGCACGCAGUACGUGCGCCGGCGCUCUCAGCUGCCGCAGUACGCGGCGUACCGCACCCCUCAGCUGCCCCAGUUCCGCACGCCUGGGUCCAUUUUUGGGUACGCAGCGUACCGCACCAGACAGCUGCCGCAGUUCCGCACGCAGUACGUGCGCCGGCGCUCUCAGCUGCUGCAGUACGCGGCGUACGUGGCGUACCGCACGCCGCAGCUGCCCCAGUACGCGGCGUACCGCACCCCUGGGUACGCAGCGUACCGCACGCCGCAGCUGCCGCAGCUCCGCACACCUGGGUCCAUUUUUGGGUACGCGGUGUACCGCACGCCGCAGCUGCCGCAGUUCCACACCCCUGGGUCCAUUUUUGGGUAUGCAGCAUACCGGACCCCUCAGCUGCCGCAGUUCCGCACGCAGUACGUGCGCCGGCGCUCUCAGCUGCCGCAAUAUGCAGCGUACCGCACGCCGCAGCUGCCGCAGUUCCGCACGCAGUACGUGCGCCGGCGCUCUCAGCUGCCGCAGUAUGCAGCAUACCGGACCCCUCAGCUGCCGCAGUUCCGCACGCAGUACGUGCGCCGGCGCUCUCAGCUGCCGCAGUACGCAGCGUACCGCACGCCGCAGCUGCCGCAGUAUGCAGCAUACCGGACCCCUCAGCUGCCGCAGUUCCGCACGCAGUACGUGCGCCGGCGCUCUCAGCUGCCGCAGUACGCAGCGUACCGCACGCCGCAGCUGCCGCAGUAUGCGGCGUACCGCACCCCGCAGCUGCCGCAUCCCAUUUUUCACAGGUACGCAGCGUACCGCACGCCGCAGCUGCCGCAGUUCCGCACGCAGUACGUGCGCCGGCGCUCUCAGCUGCUGCGGGAGCGGGCUCAGGGCGGGCACCUGGCGGGCGAUGCCCGGCGCUGGUACCUGCGGCUGCGGGCGCGGCUGCUGGCCCAACGGUACGGAGCAUUGUCAGAGCCUGGAAGCUGCCGCAGCGCCCUCAGAGCCAGCAGGACCACGCUCGACCGCAUGGAGGUACCUGGGGUAUACCUGGGAUACACCUGGCGCUACGGGGCAUUGUCAGAGCCUGGAAGCUGCCGCAGCGCCCUCAGAGCCAGCCGCACCACGCUGGAUCGCAUGGAGCCCAAUCGAUCGAAAUCAACCCAAAUCGAUCCGCCCCUCCCCCGCAGCCCCCCCGGCGUGGUCCCCACCCCCCUGGCCGAGGCCAGCCGGGCCAUGGCCGGGGACACCACCCUGAGCGAGAACUACGCCUUCGCCGGGGUGUUCCACGUGUUCGACCAACACCUCGACAGCGCCGUGCGCAAGGUGCAGUUUGCCCACGACGAGCGGCACCUCCUGGCCUGCUGCUCCCUGGACGGGACUCUCUCCGUUUGCUGCUUGGCCCCCGGGCCCCCGGCCGUGCUGCGGCGCCUGCGGGGCCACGGCGCCGGCGUCUCCGACUUCGCCUGGUCCCUGUCCAACGACGUCCUGGUGUCGGCAUCGCUGGACGCCACCCUGCGCCUCUGGGACCCCUCGGACGGGCGCUGCAUCCGCAGAGUGGCCGAUCCCGACGGGGCGCCGCUGCUGUGCUGUGCAUUCCAGCCGUUGAAUAAUAACCUCACUGUGGUGGGCAGUGCCCGGCACAUGGUGCGGGUGGUGAACAUCUCCACGGGGAAGGCGGCUCGAGGGGGCACCGGGCGCCUCCCCGGGAGGGUCCUCGCCCUUUGCUUCGACGCCCCCGGACGCGUCCUGUGGGCAGGGGACGAUCGGGGAUCGGGGAUUGGGGACGAUCGGGGAUCGGUGUCAUCGUUCCUGUGUGACCCCGGAACCGGCCGCCUGACCAAGGCCUCGCGGGUGCUGGUCCAGGCCGGAGGUGCCAUCACGUCGCUCUCGGCCCGGGCCUGGGCCAGCAGAGAGGCCCCGGACCCGUCCCUGCUG